AUGGAGUACUGGCUUGAGUGUGGUCCAGUGGUUGCGCAACUCCCAGUCAUCACUGAUGAAGUGCACCGUUAUGCUGAGGACCAAAAGGACUUGGCCACCCUGGACCACAUCAGACCCUGCUUAUUCUGGGACAGGAGGGACCCGGCCGCCCUGGACCACAUCAAACCAUGCUGGUAUUGGGACAAAAAGGACCUGGCCCACACCCCGUCGCAGUCAGAGGGACUGGACCCUGCCACUGAGGCCCGGUACCGGAGAGAAGGGGCUCGGUUCAUCUUUGAUGUGGGCACACGGCUUGGGCUGCACUAUGAAACACUGGCAACUGGAAUUGUUUAUUUCCACCGCUUCUACAUGUUCCACUCCUUCAAGCAGUUCCCUAGAUAUGUGACAGGAGGAUGCUGCCUUUUCCUAGCAGGCAAAGUGGAGGAAACACCGAAGAAAUGCAAAGACAUCAUCAAGACAGCCCGCAGCCUGCUCAACGACAUCCAGUUUGCACAGUUUGGAGAUGAUCCCAAGGAGGAGGUGAUGGUGUUGGAACGCAUCCUGCUGCAGACCAUAAAGUUUGACCUGCAGGUGGAGCACCCCUACCAGUUCCUGCUGCGCUAUGCAAAGCAGCUUAAAGGUGACAAGAACAAAGUGCAGAAGCUGGUUCAGAUGGCCUGGACCUUUGUGAAUGACAGCCUUUGCACCAUGGUGGUCCUGCAGUGGGAGCCGCAGAUCGUAGCAGUGGCUGUCAUGUAUUUGGCUGGUCGUCUCUCUAAAUUCGACAUUCAGGAGUGGACGUCCAAACAGUCGUCCCGUCGCUGGUGGGAGCAGUUUGUCCAUGACGUGCCCGUGGAGGUGCUGGAAGAUAUCUGCCAUCAGAUCUUGGACUUGUAUUCUCAGGCCAAGCAGCAGAUUCCUGAUGGAGGGCUUGGGACUGGGGAAAACCCCCCACCGCCUUCCAUCCUGUCUCCCUCAGUCCCACCACUGACCAAGAAAGCCUCCCCUCAGACCAGCCCCAGACCACCCAGACCAGCCCAGCCGUCUCCCAAAGAUGACAGCAAGGCCACUAAGCUACCAAAUCUAGAACCUCCACCACCUCCUCCUCCUCCUCCACCCCCUCCUCCUCCUCUGGUCUCUAUGAAUCCAGAUCUCCCUUCUAAACCAAACCCCCCACCUUUACCCCACUGCCCACCUCCUCCACCUCCUCCCCCAAUAGACCUUCCCACCUCUAGCUCCCUGGUGUCCAGCGAAGGCUACCAGAAGCUCCAGUCCAUGAUGAAGACAGAGGGCUCCUGUUACACCACUGUACCCCAGGCCUGUGCCCCACCACUGGGUUACCACCCCUACCCCCCAGGCACCACGGCCUACCACACUCCCCCACUCUCUGCCUAUAGCUACCUGCUUGCACCUCCGCCGCCCUCAGUCAUGGGGAUGGCAUCCGGUUUAGCGAGUGGGUACCCCCCACCAACAACCGCAGGACACAAUCAGCUACCGCCUCCACUGCCACCCGGGAUGCCCCCUGUUAGUGGGAUCAGUCGGGGAACGUGGAUGAGAUGAGUUCCAUGAAAACACAGAAAGGUUCAGAAACGUUCAAACAAAAUCUUUUAAAAUUAUUGGGAUUGAUAUAAAAUUACUACAGUGGUCAACUUUGACUAAAGGAGAACACUUCCAUUGCUGGUUUUGUGGUUGUUCCAGUGCUGAAAAUGUGUACUUAUACACAAUUACGAAAAGUUCAUGCAGGUUUUACUUGACUAAACAGCGUUAACAGAGACAUGAGAGGAUUGUAAAAUGAAUGUCUUCCUUUAGCUCUCUGCUUUUUUGCACAAGACAUCGUGACAUAUUUUGAAGUAGACAGUAUUGUGCUUUGAUAAUCACAAUUGCCUCAUGUCCUAUUUAAAUACUGAUUGGGACAGUAUUUUGUUGUUGUCAUGUGAGAGCCAAGUACUUUACUUUUUGUGUCAGAUUUUUCAGUUUGAAUAUUGUUAUGAGUAAGAUAUUUUUGGUGUGUAACAGCAAUUUGAGUUUCAUUUGUUUUUAAGCCUAUUAAUGAGAACACAGCACUGUAAAAGGCAUUUUUCACCGAUUUUAAAUUGUUCAGUCCAUUAUGUUUCUUUCCCUUGAAAAUACUUUGGGUUUUAGAUCAUUCAACAACUGUUUCAUUUCAUACAGAAAUGUUUCCUUCGUCAGCUUUAAUUGAACUAGUUUAUUUUUAUUUUUUUUUAAUUACUUUAUUUUCAUAUAAUGUGAAUACAUAAGCACACCCUUUUAAAAUGCUCUGGAUGUUUACUUUUUUACUGUAAGAGUGUAAUAAACCACUAAGAAUAACUGAUAAUAAUUUCCCAUCUAUUAUUGUCCUGUAA